AUGUCCCACAGGUUCUUUGGCUUCUUGCUGGCCUUUUCAUUCGUUGCCCUCAGCACCGGUAAUCCCCAGGGCGCACUAUUCCCCCACGACCCGUGGCUAGAGAAUCGCAAAACCGGUCCAAUCAGUAGGGAUCUUACAACAGGUCUUAGCAUUUCCGCGCUUCACCACGUCGUCACUGCUCACGUCCAAUCUUUAUACCGCCUCGACGAGGACACAGUGUCAGCGGAGAUUAUCCAUUCUUUCCCUACGCAACCGGCGCCCUGA